ACCUACCUGGCAGCACACCCACGUACCUGGCAGCCCACCUACCUACCUAGCUGGUAGCCCACCUAACUGGCAGCACACCCACCCACCUACCUAGCUGGCAGCACACCUACAUACAGCACAUUUACCUGCCAGCCCACCUACCUACAGCCCACCCACCUACCUGCCCCAGCAUGGACAGGGAGCCCCUGCACUGGACAUCACAGGCCUUUAUAGCUCCCCUGCCUGGUUUACCCACAUUGGGGCAGGAUUGAGGGGGAGGGGGGCAGCUACUAAAUCUCCCCAGCUGGGCCUCAGGGACUAUUAUUAUUAUUGUUAUUAUUAAUAAUAAUAAUAAUGUUAUUAUAGGAACCUGCAGGAAACCCCAGGAUAGUGGGCACAGUCCAGGUUUGACAGUCAUUGCAGGGAUAGCUCCAUGAUUGUCAUUUAUAUGAUUUAUAUGCAUGUAUUACCAUAGGGACUUAUUGCUUUUAUAUUAGCCAUAAAUCCCUCCUGGGAUAACCUGAUGUGUGGCUAGCUCAGUGAGGAGAAGUGUGCCCACCAGGAGACUGCCAUUAGGGCCACAGUCUUCCUCUAGUCCCCAAGAUAUAUUAUUCCAUGUGUCUCUUAUUAUCCCUCUUGUAGGAAGGCCAAACAGCUAAUUGGGAUAAUGACAGGUGAAUCAAUAGGUUAAUUGUGGUGUUUGAUCGGUUACAUGGCAUGCAUGUGACUCCAGCAUAGACAAGUGGUGAGUUGAGUGAAUCAGGCACAGGCUGAGCUCCCCCCUUGGAGGUUGCACUCCUCUCCUGCUUACCUGGAAGUCUUUUUUAAGAAACUGGCAAGAUGUGGCUGAAGCUGUUUUUCCUUUUGCUGUAUUUCCUCAUUGUAUUUGUGCUGGCCAGGUUCUUUGAGACCAUAGUGUGGUAUGAGACAGGUAUAUUUGCCAGCCAGCUGGUGGACCCUGUGACUUUGAGUUUCCAUCAGUUAAAGACCAUCUUGGAGUGCCGUGGCCUUGGGUACGCUGGCCUGCCAGAGAAAAGGGAUGUCAGGGAACUUGUAGAAAAAUCAGGUGACCUCAUGGAAGGAGAGUUGUACUCUGCCCUUAAGGAGGAGGAAGAAGCCAUAUCCAGCACCAAUUUCAGUGGUGAAAUGCACUUUUAUGAGCUUGUGGAAGACACAAAAGAUGGAAUCUGGCUGGUGCAGGUAGUUGCAAAUGAUAGGAGCCCUCUUGUGAGCAAAGACCACUGGGAGAAGAUGGUGAAAAAAGUGACCAAGUUUGGCAUCCGCACUGGAACUUUCAAUUGCUCAAGUGAUCCCAGGUACUGCAAAAAGAGAGGCUGGAUUAGGUCAACCCUCAUCAUGUCCGUACCCCAAACUAGCACUUCAAAGGGGAAUGUGAUGCUUAAAGAAUACAAUGGACGAAAGAUUGAAACAGAGCAUAUUUUCAAGUGGAUAACAGCCCAUGCUGCUUCACGGGUCAAGACUAUAUACAAUUCUGAAAAUCUAAGAGAAGAAUGGAACAAAAGCGACCAGUAUAAGGUCAAGCUGUACCUGUUUGCCAAUCUUGAUCAGCCUCCAGCUUUCUUCUCCGCACUGAGUGUUAAGUUUACUGGCAGAGUGGAAUUCAUAUUUGUUAAAGUUGGAAACUGGGAUAAUACCAGUUACAUGGCAGAAAUCGGCAUUCACAGGACUCCAUCUUAUGUUCUUAAGACUCCGGAAGGAAUCUACAAGUAUGGAAACAAUACAGGAGAAUAUAUAUCCCUCUGUGCCAUGGAGUCAUUUUUGCGUUCACUGCAACCAGAAGUCAAUGAUUUGUUUGUUUUAAGCUUAGUCCUGGUGAAUUUAAUGGCCUGGAUGGACCUGUUUAUCACUCAAGGAGCUACCAUAAAAAGAUUUGUGGUUCUAAUAAGCACUUUAGGGACGUACAAUUCGCUCUUAAUUAUUUCAUGGCUGCCCGUGUUGGGGUUUCUGCAGCUACCAUACCUUGAUAGCUUCUAUGAGUAUAGCUUGAAACUACUCCGAUAUUCGAACACGACCACUUUGGCUUCUUGGGUGAGGGCAGAUUGGAUGUUCUACUCUUCACAUUCUGCACUCUUUCUAAGUACAUACCUGGGUCAUGGUUUGCUCAUUGAUUAUUUUGAAAAGAAAAGGCGUCGUAACAAUAAUGCAGAUGAAGUAAAUGCCAAUAACCUGGAGUGGUUAUCAAGCCUUUGGGAUUGGUACACCAGCUACCUGUUUAACCCCAUAGCAUCAUUGCAUCACUUUCCUAUCCACUCUGAUUGGGAUGAUGAUCCAGAUCUGAUACUUGAGCGAUUUGCUUUCCCAGAUUUAUGGCUUCAUCCACUGAUACCCACAGACUACAUAAAAAACCUACCAACAUGGCAGUUCUGCAGCACUAAUAUUCACACACAAGAGGAAAUAGCCAGAGGAUUACAGGAAAGCGAUGGUGAUUCUGAAGUUGAGCAUAACCUAGGAUUUAGUUGUGAGAAACUCGCAUCCACAGAUCAAGCUCACUCCACUUGUGGAAUGAGUGAGCCCUUGGCCGAAAGCACCAACGACUCUUGCUCAUGUGUCAAAGAUCAAAAUAAUGGAAGUAGAUGUGAAAGGAAAUGUGGUUUGAAUGGAUCCCAUGGCACAAAGGACAACACCGAACCAAACUGGUCUUCUUGGCCUGACAACAUGUUGCACUGUACUGAAUGUGUUGUGUGUUUAGAGAAUUUUGAAAAUGCUUCAUUGCUUAUGGGCUUGCCAUGCGGUCACGUUUUUCACCAAAAUUGCAUUGUAAUGUGGUUGGCAGGAGGGAGACAUUGUUGUCCCGUAUGUCGUUGGGCUUCCUACAAAAAGAAACCUCACACACAUCAACAGUUCAUGUCAAGUCCUUCCCCUUCCUAGCACCAAGAUCAUGUGUUCCCUUGCCUGCAAUUGCUCGUGUCUGUUAGAAUCUUUGGUGGCUUGAUGUCUCAUUUAAAUUGUAGUACAGUGGAUUAAUGCACAUGAUGUUAAUGUUCAUUACUGUUCUCUCUCUCUCUCUCUCUCUCUCUCUCUCUCUC